AUUCCUCCAUUUUCAUGCUCUCCCAAGAUCGAUUUGAUGAAGUUUUAAUCCGACAUCAGGUGAAAUACCUGGGCCUGAUGGAGAACCUGCGAGUGCGCAGAGCUGGCUUCGCCUACCGAAGGAAAUACGAAGUUUUCUUGCAGAGGUACAAAUCCCUCUGUCCAGAAACAUGGCCCACGUGGGAUGGACGGCCCCACGACGGAGUGGCUGUGCUGGUGAAACAUCUUGGCUACAAACCAGAGGAAUACAAAAUGGGACGAACAAAGAUUUUUAUCCGAUUUCCCAAGACUUUGUUUGCAACGGAAGAUGCUCUGGAAGUUAGGAAGCAAAGUCUUGCAACAAAAAUGCAGGCCACAUGGAGAGGUUUUUACCGACGGAAAAAGUUCUUGCACAUGAAACACUCAGCAAUAACCAUCCAGUCGUGGUGGCGGGGAACCUUAGGACGCCGAAAAGCUGCCAAAAAGAAGUGGGCAGCAGAGACUAUUAGAAGGUUCAUUAAAGGUUUUAUUUACCGGAACUACCCUCGCUGCCCAGAGAAUGAGUAUUUCCUUGAUUACAUCCGCUUUUCCUUCCUGAUGAACCUUAAGCGUAAUUUACCAAAGACAGUUUUGGACAAAUCAUGGCCAACUCCUCCUCCGUCGCUCUGUGAGGCCUCCCAGCUGCUGCGGCAGCUGUGCAUGCAGAACAUGGUGUGGAGCUACUGCAAGAGGAUCAGCCCCGAGUGGAAGCAGCAGCUGGAACAAAAAGUGAUUGCCAGUGAGAUUUUUAAGGAUAAAAAGGACAAUUAUCCUCAGAGCGUUCCUAGACUCUUCAUCAACACUCGACUUGGAAAUGAGGAGAUAAAUGCUAAAGUCCUGCAGGCUUUAGAAAACGAAGCAAUUAAGUACGCGGUGCCGGUGACCAAGUACGACCGCAAGGGCUACAAAGCGAGAUCCCGGCAGCUGCUCCUGACCCAGAACGCGGUCGUCAUCGUGGAGGAAUCCAAAAUCAAGCAGCGGAUCGACUACGCCAACCUGACAGGCAUCUCUGUGAGCAGCCUGAGCGACAACCUGUUUGUGCUGCACGUGCACUGCGAGGACAACAAGCAGAAGGGGGAUGUUGUGCUUCAGAGCGACCACGUGAUCGAGACGCUAACGAAAACAGCGAUGCGGGCGGACAAAGUCAAUAACGUCAACAUCAAUCAGGGAAGCAUCAAAUUUACAGUGGGGCAAGGCAAGGAAGGCAUCAUUGACUUUAUAUCGGGAUCAGAACUGCUUAUAGCCAAAGCCAAGAAUGGCCACCUAACCGUGGUUGCUCCUCGUUUGAAUUCUCGGUGAUGAAACGUGCCACGAGACCACGGCCCUUGCCAUGGAUCAGCCCGACUGCACCCUCGACAAUUGGCUGGACAACGUUCCCAGCAAAAUCCCCUUUCCUUCCUCGCUUUGCUCAUUUUGUUUAUUGUUACCAAAGACCUGCACUUUCAGAAAAACAAAAUACAACUUGCUUUCUUGUCUUAAUCUGAAAGUUCCAAAAGAAA